UCUGUUGUCUGUGCUUUGCAUUUUCCGGGCGUUUGGUUCGAUUUCGCGGAAAAAUACACCGAUUUCUGAAUGGCGGCGCCGUUUGAGUUGUGUUUUCGGUGCGGGUCCGGAUUGUGCUGGAGAUGUGUUUCCCGAUUUUAGGGAAAAUUUGUGAAUACACUGUGCGGGAAGAAGCAAUAUGUGAUAGAAGCCACUGCCACAGCCCAGUUUGCUGACUAGGUUAUUGUUUUGGAAGAAAAUUGUGAUAUUUUGGCUAACUUUAGUCGUGGAAACUUUUGCGGUUCAACCAAGUGCUAAAACUAGAAAUCCUUACUGUUCGAAUCAUUUUCUGCAUUGUUGGAAAGCCCGUCGCAAAUUUAAUUUUCAGCAGCUCUCAACACAAUGCAAAUCAAAUUUUGAUUCUGGAAAACUUAACUAAAAAACUAUAGUAAAAACUACCCUAAAGACUGAUUACAAGUGAAACUAAAGUGUGAUACCUAGAUUAAAAUGACUAGCAACCAGCCAAUAAUUCGACACCAGCUGUUGCUGGAAGACAACACCCGAAACGAGGACGACGAACCGCUGGAUUCCGAGCUGAACGACAAUGCCUAUGCGGAGAUCAUGUCAUCGAUUCUGGCAUCGACUCGACGGGCAUCGGAAAUCGAUCGGUGCAACAAACUUAACCGCGUCAACACCAACAAAACCUUGGACUACAAGUUCGAUCGCUUGAUCUCCGAAGUCAGCGAUCUGCGCACUGCCAUCGAAGAGAAAAUCGACAUCAUAAAUCAAAAAAUCAAACAAACAAACCGCCUAUUCCAAGCCAGUCAAGACUACGAGAAACGGUCGGCCAAAACGUGCGAACUGGUUCUGAUGGGGAUCCCCUUCCGCCGUGGGGAGAAUCUCCGGGAGUACUUCCUGAAGAUCAGUAGGGCGCUGGGUUUCCGCGAUCACGAGAUCCCACUGGUCUACAUCAGGCGACUGCCGAGCAGUCCGAUAAAGAGUAGCACCAAACUGCGAGUCCCGCACUACAGUCACUCCAUACUGGACAAUUUGAAGGUUCGUCCCAAUGCAGCGAAACCUCCGAUCCAUCCGUCGACGGCGAAAACUCCGAACGAGUCCAUCAUCGUGGUCCAGUUCGUGUUCCGCAACGCCCGGUACGAGUUCUAUCGGCGUUAUCUGGACCACAAGGCACUGUGCCUGCGGGACAUAGGGAUCGACAGUGGUUCGAGGAUUUUUCUCAACGAGAACCUAACCCGGUCGAAUCUGGGACUGAAACAGGAAGCGAUGAAGAUGAAGCGCAGCGGAAAGUUAAAGAAUGUGUUCACCGUCAAUGGGCAGAUCUACGUGAAGCGGUCGACCGAACACCGGCCGGAACUGGUAACCAGCACCGUGGACCUGCUGCUGUUGGACGAUGGCAAGAUGAAAAGAAACAAGUUGACCAAGAAACACGUGAAAGCCAUUAUCAUAAGUUGCUACAGAUCCACCCCAGAGUGUCAUCAUCCGGGUUCGGUAUACGGACCAAAGUACCUUGAAGUUGGUUUGCUCGAUCUCUCGGCACCGAUUGUCACACACAGCAUAGCCAUCGCGAACUAA